GGUUUUUGGGGGUUCUUCUGACGCGAUCUUGUUUGCAAGACUGCGUUUAGUACGAACCGCGAAUUAGUUGGCCGCGAAUGACGAGAUACUUGGUACCAAAGCUGCGCGCGCCGCUCCAUUAAUUUUUGAUCUUUUGCAAGGUUUCUGUCUUAAGUCUUUCGUUUUUGGGUACAGUGAAUUCUUGCUGAUCAUAAGCGAAUACUUUUUGCCCUCAGUGAUAUUGAUGCUGGGGAAAAGCGUAUUUCGAAAUUGAACGUGAAUUCUAGUCUGUCGACAGGACGUGACGACAAGAACGAAGCGGACAACCAGAUGAUGUGCGAUUAUAUGUGCUGUGUCUGAAUUCAUGCAUUCCAAUUCAGUGAUGUGAUGAAUAAUUUUGUAAUUUCUGUUUCCGCUCAUUGAAUUUUGCAAACAAGCCUGAAAUUUUUCAAUUAUAUUGUGAAUUUUUACUCGUGCAAUUCAAAGCUCUAGCGUUAAAUAUUUCCUGGUGUUGUGUGUUUCGUUGGCUCAGUGCAAGGCACGCAAAUAAAAUCACUGAAAUAAAAAGAAAAGUUGAUAUCUACUGCCCACAGGCUUGAAUUACAUAUUCGUGUGACCGACGUCAUCCUCUUCACCAUUUUAGUGGAUUAAAAAACCGCAGAAGGUGAUCAACUUUUUGUGGAUUGCUGCAAUAGAGCUGUACCCACCGUCGCAUUGUUGCUGUUGUGCAGAUGCUUAGUUUGAUCAAAGCAGCACACCGUGGACAACUGUGGAAUUAUCUGAAUAUCAGAUGCAAUGCACCAUUCUUCACUUGUCCUGAAAUUCUAAAACGAAAUGGAGUUUAACAGCCCAAGCAAUUAUCAUUUGAUAUAAAAACUAUCCCACAGUAAACCCACCACUCCCACUGCAGCGAAGUGCCACAACUAGAGUAUACCAUAAUAGGAUAUUGUUGAAUAGAUAAGGAAUUCUAGGAAAAAACAACGAAAGCUUUACAAUGCAUGAACGACGAGUCAAGAAGGUCAAAAGCGGACACUAUGUUGCAACACAUGGUCGUUUGACGCCUGAUCCUCCUUAUGUUCACUCAAACCGAGGAUACUCAACAGACGGAGAGGAAAGUCAUAGAGCACCAUCUGAAAGGACACUUUCAGAAUAUACAGUAGCAAACGAACGAACCUCCUCACCUCAUCACACAUCCAGAAAAUCAAGAGCUAAUGGAGUAGACAACGGAGGGCCUAGAUCCUUAGGAUCGCCACCUACACGAAUACCACCUCGAGCUCCAUCAGCCCUCAGCUACGAUCAUGGGGGAGAUAAUGGAAGCGAUAUUUAUGUCACAAGUGCAGCAUAUAAAGCUCCAUCGGAAAUAAGCCGAUAUAGUGCUCAUCGAUCACAGUCACGAGGUGGACCGAGAAGUAUCUACUCAGUAGCGUCAUCCGCGAAAACAGGUCGUAGCAAUCGAUCGCAAAGGUUACGAGGUGCCAAAGUUGAAGCGAUGUCAGCUCCAAAUCCCUUCUGCCCGAAUGUGAAAGGGGUUUGCUGUCUGAUGCUUCUACUCAAUUUAGGUUUAAUCCUAGUUACACUUGGCUUUGUUAUUGUCAUACAGUUUUUCGAACCACUAUUUGUUUGGGUCCUUGGUAUUAUCUUCCUGAUUUUCGGUUUCCUUACCCUCAUUGGAAGCAUGGUCUAUUGUGUCUACGUCUGCCGAGACGUUAAGACACCAUCGCAAAUACGAAACGAGGAUCUCUACUGGACCAAACAUUGGCAAAAGAAUAUCGGUUACACACCUCAAGAGAUCAACUACAAAGCAGACAAAUAUGAUGGAUACUCAGAUCGGUAUUCAGUGAGCAAAAUGAGCGGCAAAUAUUCCGAUCGAGAGAGCAAUAGAUACUAAACAUGAAACUGCGAGCUACAAAAAUCUCCACAGUUCACAGAAAUAACCAUUCAUAAGUUAUGAACAAUUCCAACAAAAUGUGAAAAUGAGAGAACACGACGAAAAGCUGAAAAAUAAAAUAAUCCAAGUCGAAUUAACAAUAUUUCUAACGAAAGAGCAUAAACAAAUGUUAUGUGUGUAAUAAAAAAUUAAUAAUUGUAAGCGAAGCUGUAACACAAAUGUUUCAAUGUAAAAUAUACAAAUGAUCUAGUCCGAGACUAGAUUCAAAACACUUUAUACAAAGCUAAUGAAAUGUAAAUAAAUGUUUAGAGAAUAUACUAAAA